CUGUGUGUUAGACAGACUAAACGUCACAUUCCUGCAUUUUUUUCCUGUGUGUCAGGGACCAGUCUCUGCUUCUGGUCACAUUUCUCUCCGCAGUAAUACACCCCGCAAAGACAUGAGACUGGAACGAGGGAUUUAAAACCAGGAGGCAGUCCCGCACUCCAGAUCAAUCAGAAGCCCAGCAUUAGGCCCUGCCCCUCCCUCCCUCGCCCCCUCGCAGUCAGCCAUGGAGAACUCCUCUGUAGCCUCUGCCUCCUCUGAGGCUGGCAGCACGCGCUCCCAGGAGAUUGAGGAGCUGGAGCGUUUCAUCGACAGCUACGUCCUCGAGUACCAGGUCCAAGGGCUCCUGACCGACAAGACAGAGGCAGAGGCAGAGGCAGACGGAGAGGGUGACAAGACCCAAUGCAGCGUCUCACAGUGGAACGAAGACUGCAGUGACAGAAAAGAUGGAAGCUGGUCUUCUUCCAAAGGGAAGGGCUCCUCCAAACCAAACAAUCAGGACGAGUGGGAGCACAGUAGCAAUGACAGUACUGGUUCAAGACCCAGCUCUGGUUCAAGGCCUGGGUCUGGAUCUAGGUCUGGUAGCAGAGGACGAAACAACCAGUUCAGGACCACAGGGAAGAAUGGAAACAGAGAGAACUCCUUUGACAUCCUUGGAACAGACAUUUGGGCUGCCAAUACAUUUGAGUCUCAUGGUGGAGCAACAUGGGAUCUUCAGCCUGAGAAACUGGAUUUUACUCAGUUCCACAGGAAACCCAUUCGGGCAACACCAAAGCACCUCCCUCACAUUGACAGAGAAGGGAUGGUGAAAGGGAAGUUUGAGGAAGAUGAUGGCAUUAAUUUAAGUGACAUGGAGAAGUUCCUGCCAGUCUUGCCGAUCGCACAUACAGUAGAUGGUGAUUUGAUCAACAGUGACUCCAAGGAAUACAUCGCUAAAGAUCAGUUACAGAGUGAGCAUGGAUGGAGUCAGUCCCAGAAAUUUCAAACCGGGAUCUACCAGCCUCUACCUAAUGAAGCUGAAAUUGCACAAACCAAAAAACUAUUCAGAAGGCGAAGGAAUGAUCGGCGACACGUUCAUCUCAGCCAAGAGAAGUUAACCGUGGUCCUUCCAGGCAGUGGGAAAAAGCCAAGCGACAGGAGACAACAGAGACUUCCAAGUGGAAACAAAGCCCAGCACUCUCAACAGCAGCAGCAGCACCCACCACCACAACAACCACUACAGCAACAGCAACAGCUGCAGCACCAAGAGUAUCCACAGAGCAACACUAAACACAACCGGGAGCACUCCCGGCCAUACCAGGGACAGUCGUUGCACCCUUCAGGGAGACAGGGCUCCUCGCACCAUGGCUAUAGCCAGAACCGCCGCUGGCACCACAACCAGAGGCACCAGCCAGCGCCCGGUGGUGGUGGUAGUGAAAAGGAUACCCCCAACAGAAACACCAAAGACACUGAGAAUGUGAGGACAGAGGAGCCCCCCUCGGCUGGCCUGUGGACUAAGCCGGAAACCGAGCUGGACAACAGCCAACCAGAGGGGCCCGCCCCGGCAAACUCGGAGGUGAAACGCAAGGACAGCCUUACAGACGGACACAAAGUCAACUUGCUUCAGUCUUCCAAAGAGAGGCUGAGAAGAAGGCUAAAACAAAAGGAUGAAGUCUUGGUGGAGACCACCAACCCUCAGAAGAACCGCAUGGACAAGCUGAUUGAGAUCCUGAACAGCAUGCGGAACAACAGCAGUGGCGUGGACUCCAAGCUCACUACAUUCAUGGAGGAGGCCCAGAACUCAACUAACUCGGAAGAAAUGCUAUCCGAGAUCGUCAAGACCAUCUACCAAAAGGCUGCCACGGACCGCAGCUUUGCUUCUACCGCCGCCAAACUCUGCGACAAGAUGGCCCUGUUCAUGGUGGAGGGGACCAAGUUUAGGAGUCUGCUGCUCAACAUGCUGCAGAGGGACUUCACACAGCGGGAGGGGCUGCAGCAGUCAGACGUGGAGCGCUGGCUCGGCUUCAUUACCUUCCUCUGCGAGGUGUUCGGCACCAUGAGGAGCAGCGCUGGGGAGCCCUUCAGAGUCCUUGUGUGUCCCAUCUAUACCUGUCUCAGGGAGUUGUUAGAAUCGCAGGAGGUCAAAGAAGAUGCUGUCCUGUGCUGUUCAAUGGAGCUGCAAAGCACCGGCAAACUGCUGGAGGAGCAGCUGCCCGAGAUGAUGAUGGAGCUGCUAGCGGCGGCGCGCGACAAGAUGCUCUGCCCGUCGGAGUCGCAGCUGACACGCUCCCUACUGAUGGAGGUCAUCGAGCUGCACGCCCAUCAAUGGAACCCGCUGGAGGCCCUCACCACCCAGUACUACAACCGGACCAUCCAGAAACUCACCACCUGAACAGAGGGCAGGGAGGGGAACCGGGGAGGGCCGGAGGGGGGGUAGGAGGUGGAUGAAACGGAAAAGACUGGCCGUGCCGACAAGGAGGUGGUGAACUGUCAUAUAAUAUUAAUAAAGAAACAUAACAUAACAAAAAAAAGAUAACUGCGGAGAGACAUCCCAGCAUGCCAUCGGGAAUCAUUCAGCAAAAGAGAUUGUGGGCUGGAGGUGGGGGAGGUGGGGGGUUGUCCCUUCUUCUCUCUUUUGUGUUUCAAUUCGUGUGCCAUCUUCCUUCUGCACAACCCCCCCAGGGUUUUGUAUCAUAGUAGCUACAUUCACAGACUUCAAGCCAAGAUGCUUUCUAAAAGGAUGGGGGCAGAGAAUAGACUAAAAAGAGGGCUAAAGCCAGGCUUGGUAUUGUUCCUGUGCCAUUGUGUGCAGACCACAGUGGCCGACGGGCAGGAGACAACAAGCGGCAGAUGUCUCGGGGAAGGACAAUGGAAGGCACGUUCCAAGCCAGACCUUCGAAUUGAAUAUUGAAAAAAUGAGAGAGACACAGAAUGAGACAGAUAAACAAUCCACUUUUAACAAGCAGCGCUUGUUCAUUCAGUUGUUCUUGUUUAUUAUUAAUUGUUCUUUGAAAUCCUGUUUUAAAAAUGAUUUGAAAUUCUAGUAUAGACCUAUUGCACAGGUUUAAUUUAUUUUGCACUGUUUUAAGGCAAACGCUUACAAAAAAGAAAAGAAAAAAUAAAGACCGGUCAAAUGGAAUAGUGUUAAGAGGUUACAAAUAAUUGAAGUAAAGUUUUAUUGUAGGGGAAGGGGACAUUUGACGACAAGGGGUGUGUGGGAAGAUUUUAACCAUUUGGGAGCUCAGAAACCACAGCAGUUUAGAGUUUAGUGUCAUUGUUUUAAACCGAAUGUUUUGGGGUGACUUUAAAGCUUACAGAUGGCAAGUGCUACAGACUGAAAUUCUUUACACAUAUCUCAGACUUGUCUUUUUUUUUUUUUUUUUUUAUGUGGUUUUUGCAGCUCAUAAAAAUAUGUUACCGUUAUAGUAUUUUCACUUACUGGCUUACUGCUGAGAUGUAGACAAGCCAAGCUAAGUGGUUGCAUAUCUUAUCUUAAAUA